CAGGGCCCGGCCGCGCUCGCCAGCCCCAGCAGCCGCAGCAUGAGCGCCCCCGCCGCGCCCCCCAUCUUCGCCCCCGGCGAGAACUGCAGCCCCGCGUGGCAGGCGGCGCCCGCGGCCUACGACGCGGCGGACAUGCACCUGCAGAUCCUGGGCAAGCCGGUGAUGGAGCGCUGGGAGGCCCCCUACAUGCACGCGCUGGCCGCCGCCGCCGCCUCCAGAGGGGGCCGGGUGCUGGAGGUGGGCUUCGGCAUGGCCAUCGCGGCCUCCAGGAUCCAGGAGGCCCCCAUCCGUGAGCACUGGAUCAUCGAGUGCAACGACGGCGUCUUCCAGCGGCUGCAGGCCUGGGCGCAGCGACAGCCACACAAGGUGGUUCCCCUGAAGGGCCUGUGGGAGGACGUGGCACCUACCCUGCCAGAUGGCCACUUUGACGGGAUCCUGUACGACACGUACCCACUGUCCGAGGAGACCUGGCACACGCACCAGUUCAACUUCAUCAAGGGCCACGCCUUUCGCCUACUGAAGCCUGGGGGCAUCCUCACCUACUGCAACCUCACCUCCUGGGGGGAGCUGAUGAAGUCCAAGUACUCAGACAUCACCACCAUGUUCGAGGAGACCCAGGUGCCAGCGCUGCUGGAGGCAGGCUUCAGGCGGGAGGAUAUCCGCACGGAGCUGAUGGAGCUGGCCCCGCCGGCCGAGUGCCGCUACUACGCCUUCCCAUGGAUGAUCACGCCCCUGGUCACCAAGCACUGAGCCCGGCCGGGCCUCAGGCCUGUCCCGUGCCCAGCGCAGUGCCUUACCCCUGGGAGUGUGGGCCUGGGUCUCACAGCCGUGGGCGCCAGCCCGGGCCACACCUGCAGGAGGACGGGGGCUCCCGCCCUUCGCUGCAAUGGGAACACCCCUUCCUCCCAGGGUCGUUCAGGAUAAAAUAAAUGCUAAUGCCGGCCUCGCCCUAACAGCAA